AUGGAGUCGUCCAACUCAAACCUUCUUUACGAACGUGGUGCGAUCCCUUGGUUCAGUGACCACAUGAGAAUCGGAGCUGGUUUCGACAUUCAGAACUUCCAGACCGUGCGAUCUCCUUUCAGAUGUCUCUCAAGCGACGCGAACCCCGAAAGAUCGAGAGCAGGCGCUUCUAUUAGUAUAGACAGACAACUCAUUCGUGACCAGGAGAGUCUACAGAAAUACAUCUCAAGCUCUACGCGAGUACUGGCUUCAGGCUUACCCGUCGCAUCUAUGCAGCUAUCUCUCGACUGCUUGAAGUCUGCAAAGUGUGAUUCGAACAACGCAACUGUCAUUUUACAUGCCACUGUCACCUUACCACCAGAUCUGUACCAAGAUCAGAUGGUACCUCUACCUGAGGCUUCAAACUUCUUGGAGCAAGCAACCCGAGGCGACGAAACCUUCGGCAAAACAUUUCAAGAAAAAUAUGGCCAAUACUGCAUUACUGGGCAAAGACGACGGUCUUCCUUCUUCGCUGUAUCAACAUACAGUUCCGAGAGCAAGGAAGAUCUUGAUCAAUACGUCGCUGGAGUAUCGGCUAGCUUCAAGACUCCCAAGUUCUCCUUCAGCGCCACCACAAAAGUCGAAAUCGGCCAUACAAUGACAAGCAAGAGUAUCAAGGAGCGCCAUCAGAUAUGUUUAGUUGGAGUAGAUUCGGAAAAUAUGAGCUCUCGCUUGUCUACCAUUGACCUUCAAGCCGCCUGGGUAGACUUUCUCGAAUACUUUAAGCCAACGCCAUAUCUAGCACUGAUGACACCGUACAUUGAUCUGAACAUUCCUUUACCGCGACCAACCACUACACACAUUAUUCCCCGUGGAUUCGAGGCAGCUUCGGAACUGAUAUUCGCCCUCCAAUUGACGGCUCAGACGCAUGGUAUGAUCAAGGCUCGCGCGGCCGUCGAAGAAGUAGUCAAUCAAAACUUGAGAGUGUGUGAUGUACAAUCUUGGCUUGUACUUCCACCUGCACAAACGGCAGCGAGCGUUGCCAGAUUACAAUGUGUCCAAGUACAACUUGUAACAAUAUGGCAUGAUAGGCUCAUGCUUCUGAAUACAUGGAGGUCUCUUAAUUUGACAGCUAACGACUGGGGAUGGUUCCACUGGAACAAAGCAUGUCAUAAUAAAUUAUGGAAAAUUGGUUUAUGCCCUUCAGAUGUUCCCGAAUCGAUUCGAUCAGAGAUCACUACACAUGAUCAACAAUGGCAUAUUGAAAGCAAAUGGAACGGUCUGCCCGAAUGCCAAUAUGAAAAAGUUAUAUAUGACCUCCCUGGUCGUAUCAUUAUUGGCGCUCAAGUGUCGAACUUUUGGGCAGGAGAUGGUACAAACGGUUGGUUCAAACGCAUCUUGGGUGGCUUGGACUGUCACAAUUUCGGAGUCGAGUUCAAGACGCAGCAUUAUCGUGGUGGUUCAUGGGGAUUGACCCUCUGGUCAGUCGAUAGGGAACUUUAUCAGAGUGCUUGA